AUGGAAAAACGAAAAUGCCAGGUAUGCUUAGAAGAAGAAGAAGAACCUGAUGAAUUAAGCAUCAUAUGCCAGAACAAGCAUUUUAUUUGCAGUGAAUGAGCAGACAAUUUCAUAAUAUCAAAAUUACAUAGUCUUGAAGUAGAUCUCCCCUUCAAAUGUUGUGUAUGUAAUAUUCCCAUAGAGGAGAGCCAGAUUGAAAAGCAUCUUGACGACGACCAGAAGCACACAUACGAAAUCUACUCAAAAUUUGUGACUCUUGACUCUAAGAAGUAUCGGAUUCAUUCGUGUCCAAGCAGCUGCGGCUAUAAAGAAAUUCUGAAUUGGAGUGAACUAGAGUGCCCUUUCUUUAUCUGCCAAAAGGAAGAUUGCAAAAAAGGCAGCUGUAUAUAAUCUGUCAAGAAUUUUAUCAGAUUCCUGAUGAAGAAGUUCUUAGUCAAGAACAGCAUGCAGAAUUAGUCUUAGGGUCAGAUGGGAUCUCCAAACAUCUCACAUGCUUAAGCAAAUAAAGAUGUUAAAGACGAAUGGGAAAGAUGCAUUGAUGCUCAAAAUUCAAGACCAUGCCCAAGAUGAGGUUUGAGAGGAAUAAAAGACGAUUCUUGUGCUCAUAUCACUUGUCCUAAAUGUAAUACAAAGUGGUGCUAUGUUUGUGGCCUAGAUGAAAAUGAUUGCGACAAAGAAGGGACCCAAGAUGAUCCAAACAAACUUAGUAUAUAUAGACAUAACGAUAACUGGAGUACUAACUCUAAGAGAUGUCCGAUGUAUUUACGUUGUAUCAUCGAAAUUGAUAGUAGAUAUUCUGAGUCAGAUGAACAAUGCAUGGAAUUUCUUCAUAAGCUCCUUUUUUAUAAAGAAAUACGCCAAUUCAUCAAUAAGUACUCCGAAGAGGUCCUCUACGACAUCUUCAAAACAUUCCCAAAAAUUUCCGUCGAUAAAAUAAUCAUAGACGAAGCAAUGACCACAGAUCUAACCAUCAUCAAAAGAUAA